ACGCUGUCCACUGACAUCAAGCAAACGCAAUCAGAGAGCGAUCGCGGAGUGGCCGUUGCCUGCCCGUUUCGGUCAUGCUAUCGUUGCAUGCAGCGACAGAUCCCAGCUUGAACUAAACCCAACUCGAGAUCGAGUCUCGGGGUGCGAUACACUUGCCCGCAAGCACUCGUGCCAGCCACCGAUAAAGGUAGACAUAUCGGGUCAAGAUCCGAUAAAGAACACGCCAUAGAGUCCGUGAUUCCGUGGCUCUUCUUAUCUCCUUGUUGCCCGUGUUAUUCUGCUUAAUUGCUUGUGAUACCCCGCCCGUGACAGCUUGUUGACUUUUGAACUCUUUGCGUGCUCAGUCCCCAUACCAGAGAAAACGACCUGGAUAUAAAAAUAAAGAUGGAAAAGGCUGCUGUCAACGAAGACGGACUCGUCAUCCCGCUCAUCGACUUCUCCAAAUUCCUCGAGGGAGACGAAACCCUAAAGCUCGAGACGGCCAAGGCGAUCCUCCACGGCUUCCAGACAGCUGGGUUCAUCUACCUCAAGAACAUCCCCAUCCAGCCCGAUUUCCGCGAACAUGUCUUCAACACCUCGGCCAAGUUCUUCAAGCUCCCCAAGGAGAAGAAGCUCGAGGUUGGCUGGACCACGCCCGAGGCCAACCGCGGCUACUCAGCCCCCGGCCGCGAGAAGGUGACGCAGUUGACCGAUCCCGCCGAGAUUGAGAAGAUCCGAUCAGCCGCCCCCGAUAUCAAGGAAAGCUAUGAGAUUGGCCGCGAAGACGAGCCGGGCCACCCGAACCCGUGGCCGGCGGAACAAGACGACCUCGUGGGGUUCAAGAGCACCAUGAACAACUUCUUCGACCAAUGCAAGGCGCUGCACAUCGAGGUGAUGCGCGCCAUUGCCGUUGGUAUGGGCAUCGACGCCAACUACUUUGACAGCUUCGUCGAUGUGGGCGAUAACAUCUUGCGCCUGCUGCACUACCCAGCUGUGAAAAGCGAGGUGUUCAAGAUCAACCCCGGCCAGGUGCGCGCCGGUGAGCACACUGACUAUGGCUCCAUCACCCUGCUGUUCCAGGAUUCGCGUGGUGGCUUGCAGGUGAAGAGUCCCAAUGGGCAGUUCAUCGAUGCGACACCGAUUGAGAACACUGUGGUUGUCAACGCUGGAGAUCUGUUGGCUAGGUGGAGCAAUGAUACCAUCAAGAGCACCGUCCACCGUGUGGUCGAGCCCCCUAAGCAAGAAGAUGUCCACCCGCCCAGAUACAGCAUUGCGUACUUCUGCAACCCCAAUCACAAGAGCUACAUUGAAGCCAUUCCAGGCACAUAUGCGGCCGAGUCGGAGAGGAAGUAUGAGGGUAUCAACAGUGGGAAGUACCUGGUGCAGAGGCUGGCUGCCACCUACUAAGGGUAGCGAUAAGAGAUUUGCGUAUGGCGCGUCAGAUUGAGCGGAGGGCGUUUGGAGCUUUGAUGAAAUCUAUACCUUGCUUUGUUAGUUAGUUAGUUGAGUCAAAACGAAUGAUGAAUCAUGAGCACUGUCCGACAAUGGCACAGUCGAAGUUGGUGAGGA